AUGGGCCCUGAAGACAACAGCUCUGUGACGUCACUUGCACUGCAACAGGGCGGGCUGGUGGACGAUGACGUCUUAAGGAUCUUCAUUCUCGUUUUCUUUGUUGUUGCUUUGGGAACCAUCAGCUUCUUCGGCAUCGUUUUCAACGCCAUCAAUAUAAUCGUCUUCAUCAAGCAAGGUUUUAAAGACACAGUCAACAUCGCUUUGUUCAGCUUGGCCAUUUCCGAUUUGGGAGCUGUCGUUCCUCUUUUGUGGGAGAGUAUCUGUUUUAACCCUUCCUUCGCCAACGCCGAUCUUCCCUUUGACACACAAGACAUCGUGUACCUUACGGCAGGUGUCGUACCUGUUUACUAUUCCGUUCGUCUGAGGUCCAAGUUUUUUGCUCAAAGAAAUACGACGAAGAUAGGGCUCGUUUACAUUCCUAACGGCACAUUUAUAGAGAAAUUUUCUAUUUUGAUUAAUGCCUUCGCCCAGUUCGCCUCUUUCUUUGCGGUCAUCGUGAGCAGUGCCAUUCUCGUUCAGAGUCUUGUGCGAAAGUCAAAAUGGCGGCAGUCGACUUCGAGUACGGCUGGGCAGGAAUCUUUUUCAAACAGAGACAAAAAGGUUGUCAAGAUGAUUCUUAUCAUCGCAGUUAUAUUCAUAGCUUGCUUCCUGCCUAGUGCAGUUACGUUUAUUGCUCAGAGUAUCACGCCAGAGUAUAACAUCGUUGGUAGAUUUCAAAAUAUGUUCUUACUUACGUGGGCCAUUUUCACGUCGGUGGCUGCGGUGAACUCUUCGGUGAAUAUCUUCGUGUAUUACAACAUGAGCUCCAAGUACAAAGACAUCCUGGACAAAAUGCUCAGAUUAAAUAGAGAAAAGGGUUCGUAA